AUGGCCAGCGAAGAAGUGCCUGAAGCACAAGCACAGGAGCCAGAGGCCAAAGCACACGAUCCCUUCGCUGUCAAGAUCCUGACGACGGUGCAGGUUCAUCGGAGCCUGAAUGGCCUGCGUCACAACGAUCAUUUGAGGUAUCGUCAGUAUUGCAGCCGCCGCCUCCGCCGGCUCUACGUCCAGUUGCGCUUCAAGCACGGGAAAGGCCGCUUCAAGCAGGCGACCUUCCCGGAGAAUUUCGACGAUCCGAAAUGGAUUUUCAUUCCGCUGGUGCAAUCAGAGCGAGCUUGGGCUUUCGGGGUACAGUUGAAAGCAGACAAUGCAGCGGCUGCAGCCUUUAAUACACGCUGGCGACACCACUCAGAACGCAAGCUGGCGAAGGCUUGCGAAUAUGCCAAGCAGCUAGAGGCAGUAUGCAAAGUGCAUUGCGAUCAGCGCACCCAGCUUGAAGCGGAGGCUUAUGCUGCUUUCAUGUCAGGAACAUGGCUCACGGAGCGAGAGAACUGGACUGAGGCCAAGACGAAGCUGGCACGUAGCAAGAAGCUCUUCGAGCACUUCCUGCUGGCUGCAGACCAGGCGGAAGCCUCCGCCUUCCGAACAUAUCUUCAGGAGCUCGCCCCGAUGCUUCGGGAGUGCAGGUACAAUCUUGGAGAGGCGGAGCAGGAUGAAGAUGGGCUCGGAAAGGCAACUGCGACAGGUGUCGACAAGGGACGGGAUGGGGACCUUGUGUUCCGCAGCCAUGCCGUGUCGAUUCCAUCCGAGAAGAUCAGAUCCAAAGUUAUGAAGUGCUUCGAGAUGACGAAGGCCUUGCAGGCCGAGGCAGACUCUACGGAGAAUCCCCCGGGGGCUGUUUUCGCCGAGAAGUAUGGUGAGCUCUCCGUGGAGUAUGGCGAUGCACUGAAGGAUGUUCACUCUGAGAUGAUCGCAGCCGGAGCUGAUAGCGACACGGCGGACUGGCGCAUUGUGGAGGCAUUCAUCCGGGAGGCCUCGUCUUGCGUGAGUGUCGAGCGAAACCUGAUCUUGUUGAGGAGCCACCUGGGGAAGCUGGAUGAGAUCGAGGAUGUGAGCACCAUUGAAUCCCGGCGCCAGUGUCGGCCAGAGGAGGGGAUGCGCUUCUGCGAGCUCGUGAAGGAGGAGUUGGCGACACUCUCCCAGCUACCCGAGUCUUCCGAGGACAUAGAGGAAACGUUCGAGGUCUACAAGAAGGUUAUUCUUGAUUAUCGAUGCCUCUACCUGGCCCUCUGCCAUGCGGCGCUGGGAAAGUUGCUGGAGGCAGCGGCUCUCUUGGAGAUGCUGACGAGCCGCGUCGACGAGGCUCCAGGAAAGGAGCAGCCUGGGCUUUUGCUUCGACUUCAAGGCUUGUUCCAGCACAUACAGCAGCAGCUGCCGUUGAGGGUCGCACGCUGGCGCUGCAGGAUUUUGGUCCAGUUGGCCAAGGCUAGCAAGAAGAAGAAGGAUGCCGAGGCUGAGGAAGCGGCCGACCUGGUUCAGCCAAAGAACCCAAAGCAGGACGUUCUGGCCACCUUCCCUCCGAGAUUUCGAGACGUUCCAUGCAAGCCCUUGCUCUUCGACUUGGCUUUCCCCUGUAUCGAGGCGCCCGACCUCGAAGCGAUUCUCCCGAAGAAGCAAGAAGGCAAAGGCCGACAGGCCGUCGCUGCUGUGGCCGGAGCGCUGGGUGGUCUUGGCAGCAGACUGGGUGGCUGGAUGGGCCGGAAGUAA